UUCCGCUUUUCGGUUCGCCCCGUCGUGGCAUUGAAUUGAUCGACCACGCUUGCCGGUGUGAGGUGCGAAAUUUACCAUCCUCGUCGUCGACGUCCCUUUCGGCAGUGCUCAACGAUUGGGUGUGGGCACCGGAUUAGGAUUUUCUAUCACGGAUUGAUUAGGUCCGGAAGUCGCGUUUCUGUCCUUGUGCGUUGUCGUGUGUCGUGACCCAGUGUAAUCCGUUGUUGUUGGUGUGCUACGAGUGCGUUGAGAAACCGGGAUUCAUGUGCGUCCGUUGUUUCGUCGUCGUUGCCUGCUAGCCUGUGGUGCUUAUACAAGCGAAAGAAUACCACCUAUCUCGUCGUCAGUGACGUCAAGGCUUGGUUGUGUUACUGUCUGUCCGUGUCGGUAGACGAGCUGGUGGCGUUUGUGUGGAUUGGUUCAAAAUAGAAGUUCACGCGACGUCGAGCGCUGUCCGAUGGUCGUUUGACGAGAGAGCGACCAGAAGCCGAUUGGAGCAAAGGGAAACGACCUUGAACGACAAUAACUGUAGGAGCGUCCUUGACAAAGUUCAACAAGUUCAAGAACUUCUUAUUUUGGUGCAGAACCCACCGUAGGCAACCAUGUGGUGGCGAUUCAUUGUGGAGUUCACCAAUGAAUACAAAAUUCUCCGUGGGAUGAUCUCCUACUCGGCGCUCUGGCCGCUCGGGUGCAUCCUGCAGCAAACGUUCGAGGGCAAACGCUGGAAGGACUACGACUGGCAGCGCUGUUUGAGAUACAGCCUGUACGGCACGUUCGUCUCGGCCCCGAUGCUGUACUCGUGGAUGCGCGUGGCCAACAUUAUGUGGCCCCGGCGGGACUUCCGUUCGUCGAUGACCAAAGCCUUCACCGAGCAGGUGGCGUACGAUCCGUUCGCCAUCGUGUUCUUCUUCUACGGGAUGAGCAUCCUGGAGCGAAAGAAGCAAUCGCAGGCGGCCGAGGAGGUCCGGGAAAAGUUCUGGGACACCUACAAGGUGGGUUUCGUCUACUGGCCGGUGGUGCAGACGAUUAACUUUUCGCUGGUGCCGCAGAAGAACCAGAUCAUUGCGGCCGGCUUCUUCAGCUUGAUUUGGACCACGUUUCUGGCGUUUGUCAAAACUCACGGUGGCAAAGAGAAACACGUGGGGCCUCCGUCAACGCCGGCCGAGCGCAGGAGGUGGCUUAGGGUGGCGUCCCACGAGUAACGAAUGGUUCGAUUAUCGAGUGUGAAUGUAGUCGUUCUGGAAACUUGUGAUCUUUGAGGGUAAGAUUUCAUAUUAGUAUUGAUCAUCUAAAUUUUUGUUGAACAAAUUGUUAGCGAAACGAAACAAAAUAGUAUGUAAUGAUAACAGCAAAUCAAAUAAACU